AUGCAGGGGAUCCCGAAUAGGACACUCCGGAGCCUCGAGGACAGGGGUCUCAUAGUGAAUGAAGAGCACAGUCGACUAGUCAUGGCUAUCUACAUUUUUGCCUUCAUCACGGGCCUACCGUCCAACCUGUUGGCCUUCUAUGCCUUUCUAGUCAAGGUUCGUAAGAAGCCGACUCCGGUGGACAUCUUCCUCCUUAACUUGACCAUUUCGGACCUCCUCUUAUUGUCUUUCCUUCCUGUGAAGAUGCGGGAGGUAGCUGCUGGUAUGGUCUGGGAUAUGCCAUUGUUUCUUUGUCCCCUUACGAAAUAUUUCUACUUCAGUAGCCUUUACAUCAGUACGUUGUUCCUCACCGCCGUCAGUGUAGAACGUUACCUCAGCGUGGCUUUUCCAAUCAAAUACAAGCUUAAUCGGAAACCUGCCUAUGCGAUCGUCGCCAGCGUCAUCUUCUGGGUUCUAGCCUGCGGCCACUGCUCCGUAGUGUAUGUGGUCCAGUAUGCUACACCCAACAAUGUUACCACAUGCUAUGAUCAGUUCACUGAGGAGCAGCUGAGGAUCCUGUUACCGGUACGUUUGGAGUUAGGGGUGGUCCUCUUCUUCAUUCCAUCCAUCAUAACUUCUUUUUGUUACAUAAACUUUGUGCGGAUUCUCAUGUCCUUACCCAACAUCCAAAAGAGGAGAAAGCUGAGAGCUAUCGGCUUGGCCAUCGCCACUCUAGUCAACUUUUGCGUCUGUUUUGCUCCGUUCAAUAUUUCUCAUAUCGUUGGGUUCAUUCUAAAUGAGAGUCCGACAUGGAGGGUGGACACGCUUCUUCUCAGCACGUUGAAUGCCUCAUUGGAUCCGGUUAUUUUUUAUUUCACUUCAACCACUGUCAAUAAAACUUUUUAUUACAUUGUAGCCGCCAUCUUGGAAAAAUUUAGGAAAAUCUGCCCCUGUAAGAAGCUUUGUCCAUCCCUGCGCAAUGCCCCAUAUAGAGACGGCAACUCAGAUGGGUCCUCCACUUAGGUCUUCAUGGACCAUGUGAGAACCUAUUGUAUUUAAUCAUUGCGUGAGCAACAGUUUCUGGAAGCACUGCCCGAGCAACAGGUUC